UGACACAAGAACAGUCCAGCCUUCCUGGAACGAGGCUGUUUUUAGCGCCUGCAGCUGGAGCUCGUGCUCAGACUGGUUGAAGAUGCCUAUGCUGCUGUUCGCUCUGCUGCUCGCUGCCGGAGUCUCACUGAGCUCCGUCGAGGCUCAAAGCUCCUUCAGCAAACUCCCAGACUCCUACAAGAAAGGAGUGGAGCUCGCAGAGAAAAACGUGAACGCUCACGAAGGCGUCCAGCAUCAUUUUCUCUUCUUUAAAACCAUUCAGAAGUCGCAAAUUGAUGCAGGGUUUGAUGUCGUCUACAUCUACCAUAACUUUUAUCUGAAAGCCACCAAGUGCAAAAGAGGAACUGAGAACGCAGGUGCAACCACAUGCGCGUUUAGGAAUGAUCGGCCUCUGAUAGACUGUGCUGUCUGCUAUAAGACCUACGCUGGAGCAAUUGAGGAAGAACCCAAACCCUAUGUGAGCUGUGUGCAUAAACCUGCUCUCACUGAGGACAUGACGAAAGUCAGAAUAGAGCACUGUAAUAAGAUGGGUUACAGCAGCGGAUCCCCCACCCUGCUGGCUGUCAUAUCCUGAGACCACAUCUGCUGUUUUUCUGCUCUGAAGAGCACGUCAGUGUCCUUUGAUGUGCCUUUACUUGGCCAAACCAACUCUUUUUCAUGCAUAUUUGAUUCAUAAGAACUGAAGUGAUAGUAAUUGUAACAUUUUACCAUUUUAGUCAUCACAGGCUAGCAUCACUGUCACCCUGUGGUCUUGACUAUUUUCCCUGUGACCUAGGCCUAUACAUAAAUAGAUAUUGAAAUGUAUAGUUGCAAUGUAUCUAAUCUUAUAGUCUUUAAAUGUAUAAACCAUGUAUAGGUGAAUAUUAAAAAUCAUAUUAUCCAUAGCUUCAAGGGUAAUAAAAGAACAAACAAAUGACUAUAAUGCAUUGCAGUAUACUUUUAUGUGCAGCUGUUACUUUUUUUGUAUAUGUCUCAUAUGGUCUUAACAUUAAAAAGGUAAUACGGC